AUGCUCUCAGACGAAGUGGGGCUGGUGGUCGUGAGCAAUGGAACUUGUGGGUGGGACGGAGUGCCACGAGUCAGAUUCACUUUGAUGGCAUGGACAAUGUCCACGUGUGCUUGCAGGGCAGCAAGAUCGUUCACCUCUACAGCCCCUCUGAUUCCAUCUUCCUCUAUCCCAUGCCAUGGAGUGAAGGUUCUAUCAACAACAAAUCGUCUCUUCCUUCCAUCCUCACUGCAUGUCCUGACAAACAUCCCCUUUUUUUCUCUCAUGUCACAUGUUACCGAGUUCAGCUAA